AUGGAUACCUAUUCGCAGCACCUCAUUCUUCCGAGUUCAAACUUGCAGCGCCUCAUUGCCGCAGUACCUACUCUCCAGGUCAGUACAAAGGCUCAAACCCCUGGGCACUCAAUUAGCGGCGUCAGGUCGCGGCAUGAGAUGGUUAGUGCCACCUAUCCCUCCACCUGUCACGUACACAUACAUACACUCAUACACUUGUUCAACACCAGCCUGUCUAUCUGCGCCUGCAUCAACUAUCCAUUCUUCUACGCAAACUUUUGCGACCUAACCCGACACAGACGCUCGCUCACACGACGACUUACGCCGAUUAUCGAUCAGCGGACGAUUACAUCACCUAACUCUACAACAACCAGCGUAUGCAACAUGGCAACUCCUAAGUUCAACUCAAAGUCACCGACUAUACGGCGCAUAUUGCGCGAAGCCCAAGAACUCUCCAGCUCUCCAUCACCAGAUUAUACGGCUACUCCAUUAGAAUCAGAUCUAUUCGAAUGGCACUUCACUUUCCGCGGGCCACCCAACUCCUCCUACAGCGAAGGCAUCUACCAUGGCCGUAUCGUGUUGCCGCCUACAUAUCCUCUCCGCCCGCCGAGUUUCCGGUUCCUUACACCCAGCGGCCGUUUCGAAACCAACAGGGAGAUUUGUCUAAGCAUCAGCGGCCACCACGAAGAGACGUGGCAGCCUGCGUGGGGCGUGAGGACUGCACUCGUCGCGUUGCGCAGCUUCAUGGAGACGGACCCCCGAGGCCAGCUGGGCGGCCUCGAGACAAGCGAUUCUGUGCGGAAGCGUCAUGCCAUCGCAUCGCACACAUUCAAAUGCCCAACGUGUGCAAAGACAAAUACUGAAAUCAUCCAAGAAUGUGAAGAAUCGGCCAAGGCCAAUUCCGACUCACCAGAUUCAGCGACUGAAGUUGAGAUACCCUCCGAGCUGAAGCUUGGAUACAAGGAUGAGAUGACUGAGUCUAAGGUCUUAGAAGGAGGAUCCACGGAAGCAGUGACACCGGUGCCUCCGACACCAAGAACCGAACCGGCGGAUGCAGAGAGUGCCGAGCUGGCCGAGGGCUUUGUUCGUACGGCACCUGAGACAGUCGUGGCGGCCAGUUCGGCAUCAACAUCACAAUCACCAGCAACGGCGGCAUCUUACCCUCCUGCGCGUCCAGGUCAAGGAAUUAUCACCCCUACACGGACGGUCUCGCUGCCUCCGGCCCCAAAUCUUAGUGUUCGCCCCCAGGCACCUCCUACCACCCAUGCGUAUGACGAAGGCGUACCACUGUGGGUUGAUCGAGCCAUUGUUGUUCUCGUUGUACUUCUGCUGGCCAUGAUUCUCAAACCCCCGUCACCCUGGAUGAACGCUGAGAUGCGAGAAUCUGUUUGUUUCACGGUUGCUGGCGUCUGCCAAAAGCCCAUGUUCCCAACGGGAUGGGGAUACCACUCCAAUGAACUUUUUGGACCCUUGACCUGCACUUCGUAG